AUGUCCCUAAAUCGCAUAUCCUUCCUUGAAGGAUGGGAGCGCAACCCCGCCUUUCUCAGCCACCCCGAAUCGGAUGAUUCGGAUCCGGACUCGUUCCAGGAUUUGCCCGAGGGAUCCGUGUCGUCCUCAUUUCCCUCCACAUACAGCAGACUAAAUUUCAACCCCUAUGCGGGGCCAGGCUGGAAUGAGAGUCCCGAGGAUCCACAUGACGAUCGAUCCUCGUUUUUGGGGCCCUCCUUUCUCGGGUUAUCUCCGACGACCACCCGUGAAGGACGUGCGGGUUCGGGUUCAGCGCAGGGGCUAGGAUCCACGGAGCGAAUUGGGCAUGAGGAUUCAGGGACCGUUCCUCGGACGCCACCGUGGGCGGACACUACUGGUGCUUAUGAAGUAAGCGCUGCGAGGAGGAUUGCCCAGGUUUGCACAGCCGUCGUAUACUGCUUUCUAGCUGCCGGGGUUGUUUUCGGCUUUGCAGCUCUUAAGCCUGUCCUGAUUCGAGAGAAAGUAUAUCGCAACCUCUGCUCCCAGGCGGAGCUUGAGGAAGAUGUCGAUGUCUGCUAUGGGCAAGAGAUCAGGCUAAACCUGAUGUUCACCAUCGCCGCUGUAGUAACCAAUGUCUCAGCCUUACCCGUAGGAACAAUCCUAGACGCGUAUGGACCACGAAUUAGUGGAAUCAUCGGCAGUAUCUGUCUCGCCAUAGGAACAGUACUAUUCGGAACAGCCAACAAGCUUCCUUUCGAUGGAUACAUCCCAGGAUACUUAUUGCUAGCACUGGGGGGACCAUUCGUAUUCAUACCAUCCUUCCAUCUAUCAAAUACGUUCCCCACCCGAUCCGGCCUGAUCCUAUCAAUGCUGACAGGCGCCUUCGAUGCCUCGAGUGCUCUAUUCCUGCUUUUCAGGCUGUUAAGCGAACAAACCAAGGGUCUCGUAUCCAUCAACAAUUUCUUCACGGCAUACCUCAUCGUGCCGGUAUUGAUCAUCACAGCACAGAUCUUCAUAAUGCCACCAACAUCCUACAAAACCGCUGGUGAGCUCGUGCAACAAGCCGAGGCGCAGGUCGAAGACGAGAUCCACGAUCGCAUAGACGACACUGUCAACGACCGCAGCGAGGGCGAGCGCCAGCGUAUGCACAGACGGCUCCAUCGUCAAAGCGUCGUCAGCCACAUCCAAGAUCUCCUAGACGAUGGCACAGCGUCCGUGAUAUCCGGCAACACCAUCGACAGCUCCGUCUUCUACACCAAUAUCGACACCUCGCUCGACACCUCGCUCGACAUGAACGCCACCAGAGGAACCCACGGCACUACAACACCGCACUCCCACACGCACCAACAACCAUCCACCCCGAACCCACCACCCGGUAGGAUUUGGGGCGCUCUCCAUGGCCACAGCGCACUAUACCAACUACGCACCGCAUGGUUCGGACUAAUAACAGCCUUCACUGUUCUAAUGAUGCUACGAAUAAACUACUUCGUAGCAACGUUGCGCUCACAGUACACCUACCUCCUGUCCCCGGAGACAGCCGCACAAAUAAACACAAUAUUCGAUAUCCUCCUACCCGUCGGCGGACUUGUUUCCGUACCGUUUAUCGGCACAUUCCUAGACAAAUUUCAGACGCGCACUGUGCUAUUCAUUCUCGUCGUGUCGGCAACUACCAUCGGCGUGCUGGGUUGUAUACCACAUCAAACCGCGGCGUAUGGGAAUCUCAUUCUCUUCGUGCUGUACCGACCAUUCUAUUAUACCGCUGUGUCGGACUACGCGGCCAAGGUGUUUGGGUUCGCGACGUUUGGGAAGGUGUAUGGGCUUAUUAUCUGUCUUGCUGGUGUUGGGAAUUUCGCGCAGGCGGGACUUGAUGCGCUUACGUUGAGGGUUUGGAGGGGUGAUCCUGUGCCUGUUAAUGUUGGGCUUACGGUGUUGGUUGCUGGGGUUGGGAGUGGGCUUGUUGGGUUUGUUGCUUAUCAGACGGGUGUUUUGGAGGGUGGGAGAAGGGGUGAUGGCGAUCAGCAUCGGGAUGUCAUGGAGAGAGAGCCAUUGCUGAGGAAUGAAGAACCCGGGAGAAGGUACGGGGCUUGA